AUGGAUGUCCACCGGGCUAACAUAGGGUUGUCCCAGCGGUUAGCAAACACGCUCAAGAUGCGAUUGGGACUGCCGCGCAGACGGGACAUGAGCGAGGCACACCUUUUCCUCAUUUGCGGCAAAGAAUUUCAAAUCAAGCAGGUGCACAUUAGAAAACAGAAAGUGUAUACAAGUGUGAAUAAAAUACAAGUAGCACAGAGAGCCAUGGAGCGCACCAUGCUCGGCAGUAAACUUCAAGACCGAGUGAGGAAUGUUGAGAUACAACACUGCACCAAAGUGCGAGACGUAGGUGAUGUCAUUACUAAGCAGAAAUGGAAUUGGGCGGGACAUGUGGCCAGGCAGAGCGUUGCAGAGUGA